UUACAGGUUUCUAACUAUAGAUAAGUUAAAGAAGUACAAACCACCCUUGCCCAAGUGGUAUCUCCAGCCUAUCGAAACCCGAAACACCAAGUUUCUACAGUUGAUUGACUGGCCUGGACCACUAUCCAUGGUGAGCCACAUUAAGUUUUCAACGAGCCCCAUGAAAUGUUAUUACCAGCUGAUAAAUCCUCGAAGUACAUACAGAGUUGGUGAAAAGGUGGAAGUGCUCAUCACAGCUCGUGAUUACAAUGGUCAGCCAAAAGGUUAUGGUGGAGACUUCUUCCAGGCCAAGCUCCAUUCCCCAAAGCUUAAGGCUGGGGUGACCGGAGAAGUUAAGGAUCAAGGUAAUGGAAGUUACUUAGCUACCUUUCUUCUUCCAUGGCCUGGGGAGGCGCAAAUACACUUCAGGCUCAUUCAUUCCAGUGAAGCUGUGGAUGUUCUGAAGAAGAAGAGGGAGAGUCAUCCUGGAAAGGUGUACUUCUUUGGAUUCUUCCAGUUUAACCACACCAGUGAGGUCAUGGAGUGUAACCUGGAGAUAUCUACCAAAAAUGUCUGCACAUAUAAAGACCCUGUCACUGGAAAUACAUGGCAGUGUGUGCAUCCGCAGAAACUGGCCUGUGAUACCUUGGUGUAUCACUCCAUGGGUGGCUACCGCAAAGUGACAAACCGGCUGGAGGACUCCUUACUGAAAGUGUCAAACAGGAAACUCUCUUGGUCCAUUCCUCCAAUUAACGUGACCUCAGAUAAAGGAUUUUCAGAUCUCAUCUCCAAGCUCCCGAUCUGUAGACCUGGACAAGGAGCUCCACAGCCUUCAGGCUUUUACUAUCAGGACAAGUGGACAUCACUAGUAUGCCGGGCUCAGCACUUCCUUCGCCCUUCAGAUGCUCUUGUUUGCCUCAAAGGGAAGGACAUUCAUAUGAUCGGAGACUCCACUCUGCGCCAGUGGUUUGAAUAUUUGGAAAGGUUCAUCCCAAGUCUCAAGAGGAUAGACUUGCAUGCUAACUACAAGUCAGGUCCUCUGAUAGCCGUAGAUGUUGGCGCUGGUCUGGUCAUGCGAUGGCGUGCUCAUGGAUUACCUUUAAGGACCGGCAAGACCAAAAUGUCCGACCUCCACUAUGAAGCAGCUCACUUGGCUGGUAUCGGUGGUGGGCCCCACACUGUGAUAGUGAUGACCCUAUGGGCCCACUUUACCACCUACCCUGUGAGGUUUUACAUUGAACGGCUGGAGGGAGUCCGUCAGGCAAUCUCAUCUCUUCUUUUUCGAAGCCCUGAGACGACAGUGAUCAUUAAAUCGGCCAAUACGGGUUAUAAGUCAAUAUUUGGCAGUGACUGGUUGUCUCUUCAGCUGGACAUUUUACUGAGGGAGGCCUUCAAAGGAAUGCAAGUUAUAAUCCUGGAUGCCUGGGACAUGACAUCCUGCCACUAUCUUCCUGACAAUAUCCACCCAGGUCCUCCAGUCAUAAAGAACGAGGUGGACCUUAUGUUGUCUCAUAUAUGUCCAAAAUGAAAGAUAAGAGACAUGUGAACCUUAAACAGGUUUUCUGAUUUGACAUGACUAAAGCUUAA